AUGUCUACCAGACUUACCAGGUCCGCCGCCCGUCACGCUGCGAGCCAGGCAGCUAAUAAUUCGACUUCGACUGCUGCUGUUGCUGCUGCUCCUGGCGCUGCCCAACCCACCACCGUUGCAACGACUGCCCUCGCCGCGGAAGCUUCCUCUGCUCCACCUGCCGCCGCUCAGACCCUAGCUCGGUCCUCAAGUGCUAAGAAACGCAAGACCGCCGCCGCUGCAGAAGCUAACAACAUCCCCGAGACCGCUGCGGAGCUCUCAUCCUCGGCCAGACGCUCCAAGCGACAGCGAGUGACGCAACCCGCUUCUCAAUCUUCAUCUUCCAUUACCCACCCAGCCCAGCCUGCCGCCGCCGCAUCCAGUUCCGCCGCUUCCUCAACCACCAAGAAGACAACCACUACACGCCGUAAGAAAGGCAAGGCACCAGCUACCUCUACAAUAAUGUCGAGCCCAGAUGACCCGGCCGUUCCUCCUAACCCCCCGACGAACCCUUCUUCGGCAUCAACAAGCCGGAGGUCGAGUCGUCACAAAAAGGAUGCGCAAGACCAGGAUGUGGUCAUGACCGGGACCGACGAGCACGAGAAGGAUCCCACGCCACCUCCUCCACCACCUCCCCCUCCGAAGGAGAGUCCUCCUAGCGAUAGUGACGAGCACGACGAGGAUGACGAUGACGACGAUGACGAUCAUCGGUACGACGACGAGGAUGACGACGAAGAUGACGAUCCCUUUACUGGUUUUGGUGGUCACGGGCGUCAUCCCCACAGCCUUCAGGAUACGCUGAGACAUCUUACUGGAAUCAUGUCUGGGGUCUCGGCUCAGGUGCGGAAAAUCAUGGCAGAUCUGAAGCGGAAGGACGACCCGUCGGUGCAACUUAUGGCCCUGCAUGAACUAUCCACCCUUCUCCUCAUGACAAACGAAGACCAACUCAGCGGACAUCUCUCACCCGACCUGAUUGUGCCCGACCUGGUGCUGCUUAUGGGGCCCAACGAAAUCACUGGAGAGGAGAACCCUGAAAUCCAACUUGUCGCCUGCCGUUGCCUCGCAAAUCUGAUGGAGGCCCUGCCGGGAAGCACAUCGGCCUUGGUCUAUGGGGGCGCCGUCCAUAUUCUCUGCGAAAAACUGCUACAGAUCUCCUUCAUCGACCUAGCGGAGCAAGCACUUAGCACUGUCAUGCGCGAAGGCGGCUUGACUGCCUGUCUGACCUAUUUAGAUUUCUUCGCAACCAGCACCCAACGCUCCGCUGUUACCACGGCUGCGAACUGCUGCCGCAACAUCCCCGAAGAUUCCUUUCCCGAGAUUUUAGGUGUCAUGCCCAUUCUGUUGAACGUGCUCGGUAGUAGCGAUCAGCGCAUCGUUGAACAGGCCUCGUUAUGUGUCUCGCGCAUUGCCGAGAGUUUCAAGUACCACCCGGCAAAGUUGGAAGAGCUUAUGAGUGUGGAUUUGCUCAAGGCCAUUCUCCGUCUUUUGCUCCCCGGCUCCACCAACCUGAUCAGCCCGCAUAUUCAUACUCAGUUCCUACGCGUUCUUGCGCUCACGGCAAUGGCGAGCCCCCGUCUGUCGGCCGAACUCUUCAAGCUCAAUGUAGUCGAGACGCUGUAUCAGAUUCUUACGGGCGUGUCCCCGCCGAGUGGGAACGACGACCUUGCUUCCAAGCUCGAUAGUGUGCUCAUAAUGCAGGCUUUGAUUCAUAGACCCAGGGACCAGAUCAUCGAGACACUCAACGUCAUUUGCGAACUGCUGCCUAGUGUGCCUUUGCGCGACCCCUCGUCGAUCAGUUACACCAUGGAGUUGGGCACAUUUGCAGGUCCUGUGGGUGGAUCCGCCGAGAGCACCAGGAGAAGGACUGCAAACGAGAAACGCAUCGAAUACAUGGAGGGCUGCAAGGAGGAGGUUCGGAGAUUCGCCUUGAUUCUAUUCCCGACCCUCACGGAUGCCUUUUCCAGUACCGUCAAUCUGACAGUCCGUCAGAAGGUCUUGGCCGCCCAGCUCAAAAUGCUUUCCAACUUGGACCAGGACAUUCUGUCCGAGGCUCUCAGAUCAGUCCCUUAUGCUUCUUUUCUGGCCUCCAUCUUAUCCCAGCAAGACCAUCCUCUGCUGGUUGGGCUGGCACUGCAGGCCACAGAGUUGCUCAUGAGUCGCUUAGACACGGUCUAUCGCUAUCAGCUUUACCGUGAAGGUGUGAUCGCCGAAAUCACAAAGUUGGCGGCUGAUGCACCUGAGCCAAAGAGAAAGCCUUCUCUUACCAAGCAAGAGGUCAAGGAGGAGCCGGAUCAAGUCAACCUUGGGGAAUUCCUGGCCGGUAGGAUGAAGAAGCAGAAGGUGACGACACUGAACAUCCCCAACAUGAUUGGGGAUGAUGAAGGCGGGGAGGGUCUCGAUAAAGAUGAACCAGAAGACACAGAGGACGAUGAGAACGAUGAAGACGACGAGAACGACGAGAACGACGAUGGCAAUGAGAAUGAGAUCCAGGACGACGAUCAAUCACCUGUUAGCUCCGAAGGAGAGACCAUGUCACUUGACGGGCCCCCACGAUACCUUACGGAUUUUCCCACGAACACCUACAAGUCGAGCAUUAGGCAGGUUGCGAAGAAGUUCUUGGAGAUGUACGAGACCGAGAAGCAGGGCAAAGCCAUGAAAAAGAAGGCCAGUAAGAUUCUGGCCAGUCUAUCGAACCUGGCAACCGAGAUCGAAGAGUUCUACCUCUGCCGUAAACCAGGAGGCCCAGCCAUGGAGGAUGGGACAGUUCUCUUUCAAAAGUUGGUCUCCUACUUUGAUGCGGACGUUCUGGAGAGCGUCACCAGCGCAGAACUCCUUGGAUCUGGAGUUGUUCGUGUUUUGGAACACGUUUUCAGCAACCCCGACGAGGAGUUGGCCGCUACAGCACAAAAUGCAUUCUUGCAGGUGUUUAUGGGAUAUAGUGUCAAGUCGAAGCCCAAGACAGCCACCGCAGACUCUCCCGCGACACCUUUCAGUGUUCUGAUCCACAAGUUGCAGGAUUUGCUAAGCAGGUCUGAACAUUUUGAGGUUAUCACAGCUCACUACAACUCGUUCGACGGUAGCCGUAGCACGGCAGCGUCCAUGUUAGCUAAGCAGAUACGUCUCAAGCUUGUCGCUGAUGAAGAAUCGGAUAUCCCCCGGUCCUACCGCAACAUCAUGGUGUCGAUUCACGCUAUCACGACAUUCAAGUCACUGGAUGAUUACCUGCGGCCCAGGAUCAGCUUGUCGGAUCGUCCUCACGGAGCCUCUAGGCGCGAUGCUGUGACCAGAGCUUUGGCUGCCAUGGGCGCCUCGGGAUUCAUGGGAGCCGCGGCAGCGGCAGCUCGUCUUGCGGAAAGAGGACUGCCGCCAUCCAGCCGAUCGACCCCCGCACACCCGUCGGCGGCUGCUCCUGCUCAAGCGUCCAGUUCGCGCCCCUCACGCAAGCACAAAUCCAAAUCCCAACCCACCACCGAGACUCCGGCGACGCCAGAUCCCUCUACGUCCAAGGAAAAGGGUGGCUUGCGCCGCUCUGCUCGUAAGCAAGCUGCAUCUGAUAGCUCUCUUCCACGUCAACCUCCGGAGGAGGACGACCUCGAGAAUGCGCUCGAAUGUGCCGACGAACGACAGUUGUCAGAUGAAGACGAGGCAGCCGAUAGUAGCGAUCUCAACGUUUUGCGUGACUUGGAUGAAGGGAUGGAUGAUGCUCCCACCCCCGACCCGACGGCUGUUAACAUGGAAGUGGCUGCUGGUGGUAGGAUUACUGCGCGCAAGGAGGACGGGACCAGAGUGCCCACUCCGGGCCAAGGCAAGCCUGCUGCGCCACCCACACAGAACCGAACAAGCGCCUUGACGGCGGCAUUGCAAAACACUCCUACUCCUCAGCCCUCGUCAAAACCCAUUUCAUACUCUGGAGCUCUUCAGGCUGUCCCUCAAGACUGGCACAUCGAGUUCAGUGUUGACGGUAAGGUCAUCCCCAACGAGACCACCAUCUACCGGGCCGUGCAUAGCUCCAGCCUUGCCGCCGACGAGCACGUAACCAGAAGUAUUUGGUCCGCGGUCCACUCAAUCAAGUUCAGACGUGUACCUGGCCCUCCUCCCCCUGAACCCGUUGGCUUUAGCCCAUCCUCUGACGUCGGAGUCGAGGCGGAUGAGAACGGCACUCCCGGGUCCUUGGCAAAGCAUCCCAUCACCUUGUCUAUUCUUCGUUUGCUAAAGCGUCUCCAUGACCUGAACGCGAACAUCGACGAGGUUCUUGUCGAGAACAAGGAGACCCUGAAGCUGAACGUUGAGCCAUUGUCUCAAUUCGUCAACACCAAGCUGACCGCAAAGCUGAACCGCCAGCUGGAGGAGCCUCUGAUUGUUGCGAGCAACUGCCUGCCCAGCUGGAGCGAGGAUCUAGCAAGGCUCUAUCCAUUCCUGUUCCCCUUCGAGACUCGCCACCUCUUCUUGCAAUCUACCUCAUUUGGUUACGCCCGAUCAAUGGCACGCUGGAACGCGCAGUCUCAAGAGGAGCGCCGAAACGGGCGAGAUGAUCGGCCUUACUUGGGACGACUGCAGCGCCAGAAGGUCCGAAUUUCUCGUUCUAAAAUCCUUGAAUCGGCAGUCAAGGUCAUGGAGCUGUAUGGCGCUUCUCAGAGCAUCCUGGAAGUCGAAUACUUUGAAGAAGUGGGAACCGGACUGGGUCCCACGCUCGAGUUCUACUCGACCGUUUCCAAGGAAUUCUCCAAGAGGAAGCUCAAGCUUUGGCGAGAUAACGAGCUCAAUGGGGAUGAUGAGUUUGUCUCUGGACCUACCGGACUGUUCCCCCGGCCGUUGAGCGAUGAAUUCGCCACCUCGGAAGAGGGAGAGAAGAUUAUGCAGCUCUUCAAGGUGUUGGGCAAGUUUGUCGCCCGAUCAAUGAUUGAUUCUCGCAUCAUUGAUAUCAAUUUCAACGCCUUGUUCUUCCGCGUGGGUGACGCGACCGCCACACGACCUACGCUUGCUACUAUUAAAUCGGUGGACCCGGUCAUAGCUAGGUCGUUGAUGACGAUCAAGAAGUUUUCCCUGGCCAAGAAGGAGAUCGACGAAGAUCCAAACCGGAGUGCCGUCCAGAAGGUGACGGACACAGAAAACAUCAUGAUUGAUAACUUCAAGAUCGACGAUCUUUACCUCGACUUCACACUUCCCGGCUACCCUGAAGUUGAACUCAUCCCUAACGGAUCCCAGACGCGGUUAACUAUCGAGAAUGUGGAUAUUUACUUGGAGAAGGUGAUCGAUAUGACGUUGGGUAGUGGCGUCCGUCGCCAGAUCGAGGCUUUCCGCGCUGGAUUUUCCCAGGUGUUCCCCUACUCGGCCUUGAGCUCUUUCACGCCAGAUGAACUGUGCAGUCUUUUCGGACGGGUGGAUGAAGACUGGUCAUUGGAGACGCUCAACGACUCGAUCAAGGCGGAUCACGGAUACAAUAUGGAUAGCAAGAGCGUUAGGAAUCUCUUGCAGAUCAUGAGUGAGCUCACGCUGGCAGAGCGCCGUGAUUUCCUCCAGUUCACAACGGGAAGCCCGAAGCUUCCUAUUGGAGGCUUCAAGAGCUUGAAUCCCAUGUUCACGGUUGUGUGCAAGCCUAGCGAGGCACCCUAUACCUCGGACGACUACCUGCCAAGCGUGAUGACGUGCGUCAACUAUCUGAAGCUUCCCAACUACUCGGACAUCCACGUCCUGAAGAAGCAGCUCUUCACUGCCAUGAAAGAAGGACAAGGAGCGUUCCAUCUGUCGUAA